CAUAUUGGGCCACUUGCUAUGGCCGUAAAUUUUGCUCAGGCUGCACAUUGCCAAUUAGACGAAGUCCUGAUUAUCCUGGGAUAUCUGAUGUCCAGAUAUCUCAACUUAUCAACCACAGCAACUUCUACUGACGACAAAAUCGGGAUUCGUGCAAUCAUCGACUCACUUGAAAAGCACUGGAGCAAGAGUGAUCAAACAGUUUUCAUUGCCGCCAUCAUUCUCAACCCCCUCUAUAAGGCCAAGCUGUUUGCGCAGAUUCGACAAUUCACCAUGGCUAGCAUCACCUCCUUGUUGCUCAAACUUUGGCAACGAUUUCAUUCCUCGCCACCCCCAGAAUCACUUUGUCAAGAAAUCCUUGACUAUCUGCAGGAUCGUGGCAAUUAUGAGGGGUUUUCUGAGUGGGCUGUAGGUGAACAGAAUGCUGCUGAAGCGCAGCGUGAACGGCCAGAUCCCCUGCGAAUGUAUGAAGGCAUUCGUUUUCAGAACCAGUCACUAUCACCACUGCAGAUGAUCGCACAGCGCAUUUUCUCUAUCUGCGCAAACUCUGCAUCUUGCGAACGGCUAUUCAGCCUUUUUGGUAUGAUUCUCAUUCUUACCAAGUUACGGUCGCGCCUUGGGCUUGAAAAAAUGCUCGAUCUUGCUGAGCUUAGGUUACAUUUACGAGACGAAUACAUGCGCAGGGGAAGCAUGAAAGAUCGCCUUCGUCGU